GAAAGACCAGACAUUAUAUACAACAUUGAAUCUCUAUGAGAAACUUCUCUACUAAUAGUAACAGUCUUCAAAUAACUAAAUCACAGAUCAUCUUCCUGUCGCCCACACAACCAUGCCUCAGUUCCUCAAAACCAAAGAGAAAGCCAGCAUCCCCAUCGGCCAGACCGACCCCGCAAUCUCCUCCACCGUCUCGCGAGUCAUCGACGAUAUCCGCGCAGCAGGCGAUGCAGCCGUGCGUUCCUAUUCCGAGAAGUUCGACAAAUGGUCGCCGGCGUCGUUCAAGCUCUCCGCUACGGACAUCGAGAACAUCAUGAAGCAGGUGCCGCCGCAGAUCAUCGCGGACAUUGUGGAGGUGCAGAAGAACGUGCGGACGUUUGCAGAGGCGCAGAAGCAGAGUCUCGGGGAGUUUGAGUUGGAGAUCCAGCCGGGGGUGUUUUUGGGACAGCGGAAUAAUCCUGUUGCUAGUGUUGGGGCAUAUAUCCCCGGGGGCAGAUAUCCUCUCCUCGCAUCAGCACACAUGACAAUCCUCACCGCCAAAGUCGCCGGCGUGCCCAAUGUCAUUGGCUGCACGCCCCCCAUCGCCGGCCAGAUCCCCCACGCUACCGUCGCCGCCAUGCAUCUCGCGGGCGCCGACAGCAUCUACAUUCUCGGGGGCGUGCAAGCCAUCGCGGCCAUGGCGCUCGGGACCCCCAGCAUCCCCAAAGUGGACUUCAUCGCCGGGCCCGGAAACGCGUUCGUGGCCGAGGCCAAGCGCCAGUUCUUCGGCGCCGUCGGCAUCGAUCUCUUCGCCGGCCCGACAGAGGUGUUGAUCGUGGCGGACGACGCAGCGGAUCCUUUCACAGUAGCGACGGAUCUUCUGAGCCAGGCGGAGCACGGGCCGGACACGCCGGCGGUCCUGAUCACGACGAGUGAGGAGCUGGGGAGGCGCGUGAUCGCUUUCGUGCAGAGCCUCUUGGUGGAUAUGCCGACGGCUGCGCUGGCGGGUGUCAGUUGGCGGGAUUUCGGAGAGGUGGUCGUCGUGGACACGCUGGAUGAGGCGUAUAAGCUGGCGGACGUGUACGCGAGCGAGCAUGUGCAGAUCCUGACGCGGGAGCCCCGGGAAGCGUUGGAGAAGAUGAAGAAUUACGGGGCGUUAUUUUUGGGAGAGGGGACCUGUGUCUCGUAUGGGGAUAAGGUAAUCGGCACGAACCAUGUCUUGCCUACUCGUGGCGCGGCGCGUUACACGGGCGGUCUCUGGGUGGGCAAGUUCCUGCGCACCGUCACGUAUCAAGAAGUCCGAUCGCCAUCCGCCAGUGGACAGCUAGGACGGCUGUGUGGGCGGGCUGCGCGGGCAGAGAAUUUCGAGGGGCAUGCCAGGUCGGGGGAUCUGAGAGCUCACCAUUAUCUAGGGGACCAGCAUGAGUGGAUUGACGGGGCAGGGAACUUGUAG